GAUAUGUCUCGUAGGCCCAAUCAAAAUCAUUCAGCUCGGGUAGCAAGUGGGCGCUGACCAAACAGUGGAUCCGCUUUGUUUGUUGCGCGAAAUAUUUACAAAAUUCGAAUUUAUAAAUUAUUGACUGAACAUAAAUGGCCUGUAACUGUUUUGAAAUUAUAUUAGAUAGACCGUGAGAUACCUUGUGUGUAAUUAUUGACUUUAUUACUAAUUGCCAGUGCGUAUUUUGUGGUUAAAAUGACGGCUUCUACUAUGAUUGAGCUGGAGUCCUGGAUAAUCUACCAGUGUGUCCUGAAUGAAUGCCAUGUCUCAAGCAACUAAGCUGAUCGGCUAGUGCGCGUUGUUAGUCUUCGUGUUGUUUUAAGUUUCCUCCAUGGUUUCCUCGAUGGAGGGCGGCGCGUGGUGCGCGCGCGACAUCUCGCUGCGCGCGCAGAAGAAGUUCCUGUCGCGGGUCGGUGGCACUAGCAGCGCUCGCGCUCUUGUGCUCGACGAACACGCUGCCAAGUUACUUGACCAAUUCCUGACGGUCCUUCGCGAGCGCGUGGAGAAGCGCGAAGCAGAGAAGCUGGUGAAGCACGUGAUCAAGGCUGCCGUGAAGCUGGGCGUGCUGCGGCGCCACGGGCAGCUGUCGCCGGCUGACGAGCGCGCGCUCGCUGCCUUCCGCUCCAAGUUCCACACGGUGUUGAUGGCUGUGGUAUCAUUCUGCGAAGUCGAUUUCUCUUACGACCGAGGUUUCCUACAAGAUGCUCUUCGCGAGUCACAUCAGUCGCUCAAAUCAGUUGUAGAGCGCCACCUUUCAGACAAAUCCGUGUCGCGACUUGCCGGAGUGUUCUCCCUCGCGUCCCGAGGUGAGCUCCUGGACUCUCUGUUCGCAGGCCAGUGCGACGAGGAUGUGCUCAAACUCUCCAGGAUGCUGCGCAAAGAACUGGACCGGGGCCUGCUUUAAUCCCCCGGGGCCCGCCCCCCUGUGCCGUCCUACCACUACCAAAGCUGUGCGUACCAUCCCAAGCAGACUCACGUCGCAAUCCACGGGAGAUAACUGAGUAUGAACGGUAUCUCUAGCGAACGACUAUGGGAUCACAUACAACAAUAUCGUUAUCUCCACAAAUGGAGAUUGGAUUUUCUAUUCUUAAGUAUUCAAAGAUAUUAUUAGGAAUAAAGAUUUUUCUAUUGUCACGAGGAAUGCUUGCACGUCGCAACGUGCAGACGUACUUGUUGAUGACAUGAUUGGAGUUUACAAGGAAGGGUUUUAGGGCCGUGUUUUUAUUCGAAUUAGUGAUGGUCUCGUAUUGUGAUCGUUUCUGACUUUACAGUGAAACUUACAAACUAUUCUGUAUAAAAUCAUCUAGCGCACAAAGUCAAUAUUUGCGUUACACUAUUUACAAAUUAAAUCUGUAACUCCAAUGAUGUUAUGAAUGUCAACACCACGGUAGGAUCUCAAUUAGUAAAUUAAUUCUUGCUUGUGCGUUAAUUUUGCUUCUGCCAUGAUUUGAGUAGGCGCACUUAUCUUUAAUGGUUAUUUUAUAUGGUACUACGCCAUAUUCAGAAAACGACUUCGUUAUUGAAUGUGGUAUUUCUGUCAGAGGAAUUCGUCGAAAAGGUUUUAAACAAUUUUCAUGUUAAGAAUGCUAAACAUGUAUUGUCUUUAUAUUGAUCGGGUAUCGGGUGUAGAUGGAAAUACUCGAUGUACUAAUUUUGUAUAAUGAUGGGAAAUGUACUGAAGAUUUUUUAUAAUCGAAGAGAUAGUCUCUUCAGGAGUCUAAAUGAAUUUAUGUGUGUUGAUGAAUGGAUAACUAGAAAAUGAUAUUUGUUUAAUAAUUUGGUGUCGUACGAGUUCAAUAGGAUCAUUGUUUAGCUAAGUCGUGUUUGUAGGAACGUGUAUGAUUUAAUUGUAUGACUCUACCUACUCAAGAUUAUCUCACCUUUUUAUUGAGGACGUUUUAACUGUAGUCAAAGUAUCCUAUUUUAUAAUCUUGCCUUACAUGCCAGUAUUUUAUUAAGCAAAUGACUAUAAGACUAAAGGAAUACACAACCAAAUUAAACAUUGAGAUCUGACUAUGUCGAUGUAUAAAGCUUGCCUGGAUUUUUAGAAUUUUAUAUUAUUAUGCUUUUUUAAUUUAUGUAUCAAUUAACAAGUUCGAUACUGCAUUUAAUAAUUGUAAAUAUGAUUGUAUUGACUAAUUUUUUAAUGUAACACUUAUUGUAACGGUUACCAGAUUUACAAUAUUUUUAUGUCUUAAAUUAUGAUAGGCUCUAAAUAUCUUGUAUGAGUUUAUAUGUAAUUUUAAUGUUCAAAAAUAUAAAGUUUCAGGUUAUUCGGUAUGGUUAAAAUACUGUUGGUUUCGAAAAUGAAAUAGUAAUUAGUAUUUUAAGUUUUUAUAUAUUUAUUUUUUGUUAUACGAAGUUUUGGUUAGUUGAAGCGACUCUACAAAAUAAUGUUUACACAAUUUCGGACCAAAAUCGUAAUAUCUAACAGUUCUAACAUAUCUGAACUUCAAUUCAUAUCUCACUAUUUAGCAAUAACGACAUAUUGUAGUCAUAGCGUACGAUGAUAUUGUUUUAAUUAAGUUUAAGUAAGUCCCAAAUUUUACCGCAUUCGACUCUUGCCUAAUCGUCACUGUGUAGUGUGAUGUAAUUUGUUUGAAUGUUUAGGUGUUAACUUGUUAAAAACAUUGUAUUGCUAAUAAAUUUCAUGUGUGAACCCAAAGGAGGAACCAUAAAUUACGCUAAUUUACUAAAUGCCUGUUGGUCAACGACUCUACCUUAUUAACAAAUAAUUCUUCCUUCUGGACCAUUAUUUUUUCUUUCUUAAACUUACAAAACGUGUCAAAGGAUGUCAAACCCAGGAUCUCUAUCUUGAGAGAGUUUAUAUUCUCUAACUACUGAAGGACGGAAGCUCUCUUAACUUGAUUAAUAAGUUACGUUACAAUCUUUUUGACAUUCAAUGGCUAACCUAGACUUAGGGCUCUCGCCCACGGCGACUUUUUGUCGCGCGUUUCGUAAACGAGCGACAGCAUCGCUACUAACGCGCGUUAGUCGCAUUUGCAACGAACUACAAAAGUGAUGCCAACGCGCUACUAACGCGCUACGCUACAGCAGCGCGACUGCAUCGCUACAAAAUGUCGCCGUGGGCGAGGACAUUGAAAGUAGCAGCGGUAAUUUUGGUUCCUCCCUAUCACGAAGUGAAUACGUGUUUCUAGCUAGCGAGCACCGACUUCAUAGCUAGACGAAAUCAAAGACGUCCAUAUAGGAGUUGUAUUAAAAGACAAUAUUAUGUGUGUGUUUAUACUCUCGGCGACUCUCUCUCGGUUAGUGUGGGGAAUAUUAUAAUGCACAUAUCGACUAAACUCACAUCU